UUAUUAAUUAUCACCCCACUCUUUUCUUGUCAAGGAAAAUUCAACAAUUGAAUGAUACAAUUCGCAAUGGCAGCAAGCUCAACGACACGCGAAUCAAAUGAGACGCGAUAAUUGAUUAAAAAAAGAUUAUUCUUGGAAAAAAUUUUAAAUUGCCACCUCGUCACGUUUUGUUCAACUGUUGAGUGUUUUCGCCCCAUAAGUCUAAUUGGGGUUAUAAUUUUAGCAAGUACGAAUAACAAGAUUUAUCAUAGAAAAAAUGUCAUAUUAGGAUAUAAAGAAAGUACAGGCUUCAAAUUGUGACGUGCAAAAAUUGAAAAUAAAUUGAAUACUUAUUGCGGUAUAACGGAGGAAACGGUAAACAAAGUCGCUCAACACGAGCCCGGAUGAUUUAAUUUAAAAGAAUCUAUUGACGUGCGCAAAAUGUGAACUACGUGAAGCUUUACUUGAUUCAUGCCAAUUAAAAUGGCACAGUUCAUUCUGUUUACUGGGUUUGUGGUUUUACUGUCCAUUACAAAAACGAGUAAGACACUGAGCUACGAUGUCGUCGCAACGCCGACAGGAUUCAGAAAUAAAUAUAACGAUCAUAGCACUCAUGCAUUUAGCAGCGAGGGAUUUAUUCAGAUCAAAGUUCCAGGAAAAUCUUAUGUUUUAACGGGUAGUCGAUUGUUGGAUGACGAAUCUUACAGCAGACUAGAUGAACAGGUUUCGACAUCAACGGCAAUUAUAGUCCAGACGAAUAAGACUCUCGAAAUUUCUGAGGAAUAUGAGGAGCCUCUUCAAUACUGGAAAGAAGAAAUCGAUUCCGACGAUGAUCUCUGCUCGCUAUCAGACUUGACGAUAUUGAGCCUGCAGUCAUUGCAGUUGUGUAAUUUGACCUCGCAAACUUUUGGAUGGUUGUCAAAUGGUAGUUUGACAUGGUUGAAUAUGCGGUAUACGGAUGUAGAAUUGGUAGCCAACGAUACCUUGGUACCCGUGCAAAACACUCUGAGGGUCUUGGACAUGGCAAAUUCCUCUAUAUCGGUCGAAGAUCUUACCAAUUUGAUGCAAGGUCUCACGAUCAGCAUGGAUGACAGUGAAAGGCGUUCUUAUUUGAAAAUCCUGAGUUUCGCCAGUCUCGGCCUGACCACUGUUCCUCGAGAAGCGCUAAGGCCAGUCCAAUAUUCGCUAAAGCUGUUGUCCCUUUUCGGCAAUGACUUCAGCACGUAUCGUAAUAAUUCGGCACGCGACACGGAGGAAACAGAGAUGAAUAGCACAAACAGCUCGUAUUCACAGGACGAUAACGAGGAUGAUGAUUCCGACUAUUCAUUGGAAUCCGAAAGAAGUUAUGUCUACGAUCUACUUGCAAAUUCCAAUGUUUCCACUGGAUCUCCUUGGGCUGACUUUCCACCAAUGCCAUUUUUGAUCGAAUUGGACCUACGGCAUUGCCGUAUCAAUUCCAUCGAAGAGGGCUCCUUCGCGAAUUUGGCAAAUUUGAAGCGGCUUCGUAUUUCCAACAACAAUAUAUUUACCUUGUCGAAUCAUGCAUUCGCGGGGCUGAUGAAUUUGGCAAUUUUAGACCUGACAUUCAACAGAGGUGUACCAAGACCGUACCAAAAUAUAGGAAUGAGACUGCAACGCAAUGCCUUCACCGGCCUUUAUUCCUUAACAACGUUGAACUUGAGUCACAGCCCGAUUCAUUGUGGAACGUCUCAUUUAUUGAACAGAUUGCCAUCGUCGUUGGUCAGUUUGGAUCUUCAUAGAACCAAUCUGUGCAGCUUGGAUGAUGGAGUUUUUGAAAAGUUAAAUAUUCUGCAAAGUUUAGACCUAUCGGGUAAUUUUGGACUCGGUUCUGACUUAACCACAGAAACGUUCAAGGGGUUAAACACACUUCAAGAGCUCUCCAUGAAUCGAAUAGGCCUUGAAGACCUUGAAGCAUUGCAAGAACUCUCUUUACUAAGGUUUUUGCAUGUGGAACGCAACAAUAUAAAUACCUUUUCAGGUGUGUUGGAAAAUUUCCCGCUCUUAGAGCAUUUCAAUAUUGCUUCAAACUACAUAAGGUCUUGGAGUGACGGGAGAGCAUUUGCAGAGAACCCAAAAUUGCAGGGUGUUUACUUGCAUUCCAAUAUCCUCAGCUUGAUGACGGAUGAUAUGUUAAGAGACUUUGAAUCAUUAACCUACUUAACACUGGCGAAUAAUAGUUUCAUUUGCAAUUGCCAGCUAAAAAACUUCAUGGAAUCCAUCAGGACUGGCAGUAAUAAUUCCAGUCAGAAUUUUUCAAUACUGAUAGAUUAUCAGUCAAGCGGUAGAACCCAUACUUGUACAGACGUAUCGUUGAAACGAUACAUCAGAUUUGAGGAUACAACUGAUUACUGCCGGGAAGAAUUGGCACAAAUCUGGUUGAACGCACUGCAGCACGUUCUCUACAUUUUGCUACUGGUCUUUAGUUGCUCCUUUGGUGUCGGAGGGUUAAUAUACUGGAAAUGGUGGUACAUCAAAUACGUUGCAGUUCAGAUAAAAAACGCGACGCUGCUGAGUAUGAUCAAUGCGGAGAACUGUGAGGACAGAAUUUACAUGUACGAUAUAUUCGUCAGCUACUCGGACGAGAACAGAAAUUGGGUAAUAGAAGAAUUAAUUCCAAACAUUGAAGGCCCAGAGGCGAACUUGAGCAUUUGUUUUCACGAAAGGGACUUUCACGUGGGCGUUAGCAUUUUGGAAAACAUAAUAAUGGGGAUGGAUCAGAGCAGAACAAUCCUUCUGAUAAUCAGCGGAUUUUUCAUAAAGUCACAGUGGUGUCAGUUCGAAAUGCACUUGGCGCAACAUCGGCUACUAGAGACUUGUCGGGAGGAACUAGUCCUGGUUCUCCUUGAAGAAAUUCCGAGAAGGAAUCGUCCAAAGAUCUUACACUAUUUGAUGAUGGUAAAGACGUACAUCGUUUGGCCAAAGGACAAGAGAGAUGGAAACGCGAGGAGAUUAUUUUGGAAACGUUUGAGGAGGGCUAUAACUGCCAAUAAAUCGGUGCAAAGUUCUAUCGCGUAGCGAAGAAUACGGGGAACUACGAAAAUAAUCAUCGUUGUUAACCAUCGCGAGAUCGAAAGACGUUUUCUGAUCUUCUUUAAUUGACCGUGCGAGACGUCGAACGAAGCUGAUUAUUGUGAAAUUGUUUUAAUGUGGUAGCGAGACAAGUAUCAUUACGUACGAAGACUGUUGAUCGUUACAAAACCACCGACAACAAUAUUAUUCUUUAUAACUUUACGACUUUCGUUCCCUCGAAUGAAUCAUUGGAAAGAGGAUG